UGAAGGCGGCGGUGGGGCUAGUGGCUAUGGCGACGUUGGCGACGAUGACGCUGAUAGCGCUGAAGGUUGACGAAUGGGAUGAGACCAGGAGAGGGGAAGAGACCAUGAUGGUUAGCGACCAGGGGGACGCCAUGGUAGCUGAUAAGCCAUGGGGAGUAGAUUUCGAUUUACGAUACUCCAAGGGCAAGCAUCAAUGGCAGAUCACAAACCUCGUGCUCCAUCCUCCUCCACCACCUCCUCCUGCAGGGAAGACUCCUCCCAUGGUCAUGACCAAGCCCACUUUCCCUUUCUUUGAGCUUCAGGCCAUGAACAAGGCAGACGCUGAGGUCAAGAAGAAGAUGGACGACCCUGACACUGACCCGAAGCUCAAGGAGGCCAUGGAGGAGGGUAUGAAAUCUGCUUCGGGUGCGCUGGACUCGGCCAUCGGAUGCGCAGAAGGAUCGCAGCCGGGAUCUUCGAUCUCAACUGCAUGCCCCGGCAUCGGCUCCGGGAAGCCCCAGGAGGUGAAGAGGCAGUGGAACAUGGGGUUUCCUCCUCAAGAGGGGGCAGCAGCUCAGCAGGGCUCGGCGUACAAGCGAAGAGGCUUAACAGGAGGAGACGUCGAUCGCGGCCAGACGGAGGAGUGAGCUUGAGCGGGCAGUCAAUGGCUGGUUACCUCAAGGGGCGUGACAUCAGGCUUUGUCCUUUGCGGGUCAACACUGAGAGAUCUAAGGGGUUGCGGGGAGGACGGAGAGGAGUCGGAGGAAGCAGAGUUAAGCAUGCAGCAGAGAGAUUUUGUCUAGCGAGUGUGGGUGGUGUAAGAUUGAAGGAGGUGAAGG